AUGUUGGACCAGGAACAAACGUCGAUUGCUUUGGCACGCAGUGACUCAGCUGAGAACAAAAAAGAUGCGAGUGAAGCGGGAGCACAGUCUUGCCCGGCCAGUGAGGCGACGAUACCCUCGCCAACAUCGCCGUCUGCUCAAAAAGGGAAUUCUCUAUCCUACAAGGAUACAGUUCUGGGAAAGGGUGCAGAGCAGGCGAACGUGAAUGGGAAAGAGAAUGGGGACGAUGAAGAGGAGGACCCCAUGGACAGCGAUAGUGAAGGGGAACCUGACUGCCCCAAAGUCAAAAUCCCAAAAGGCUUUAACCGCCGUCGAGAUCAGCGUUGGCGCAUGGCUAUCAUUGUGCGGGUCCUGGGACAUUCGUUCCCCUUUCUGUUUAUCCAGCGUCGCCUCCAAACAAUGUGGGCAUGCACUGGUCCAGUGACAAUAGCAGCAAUGGGACAGGGCUUUUACUCAGCUCGGUUCUCUACCGAGCAUGACUAUGUUAGGGCAUUGAACGGCGGACCGUGGAUGAUAGAAGACCACUAUGUCCUUACGAGGACAUGGCGCAGGGGCUUCGAACCGGGCGAGGAGGAACUGUCUCACACGCUUGUUUGGGCACGUCUCCCCAAGAUCCCAAUGGAUUAUUAUGAUGAGGAGCUAUUGAGGAAUAUCGGGAACUCCUUGGGAAGAUAUAUCAAAAUGGAUGAAGCUACAAGACAAGCCUCGAGAGGACACUUUGCCAGAAUUUGUGUGGAAGUCAACCUUGCAAAACCAUUAGUGUGUAAAUACCGACUAGAAAGAAGGACGAGGCGAGUCGAGUAUGAGGGGUUGCAUAAGGUUUGCUUCGAGUGCGGGAGAUAUGGUCACGAACAAGAAGUAUGCCCUAAGAAGAAAAUGGAGACCCCUUCUGAGGAGGAUUUCCGUACAUCUCAUGUUAACCCUUCCCAGUCUACAAUCGAGGAAGAACGGCCGGAGAUUUUCCAAGAUUAUGGGCCCUGGAUGAUUGCAACCAGUAAUCGACGUCGAAGGGUGCAUAAUAACCAAAAAGUGGUGGGAACCGAGGCUAAUACAGCUGCUAGGAAAGUGUCCGUCCCAUCGGGCUCGCGGUUCGAGGCGCUAGAAUCGCUAAAUGAUGAACUGAGAGAGCAUGCUACAGUGCUAGCAGAGACAAACAAGAGAGUUGAUGAGGAGGUCACUCCUGAGGCUGGCCAAGCGGAUUUGGUAGGGGAACCACGCCUGAGUCGGGAUAGUGUGGGAGCAAAGAGAGGCUCGAACAAGAACCAGGUUGUGAAGAAUUCCUCAGUGGUGAAUAACAAUGAGGCAUCAAAAGUGCAAAAGAAAAACAAGGAAGGGGGAAAGGCGGCCUCCAAUGUCCAACCCAAAGCAAAAGAGGGCACUGGGGUACAAGGAAAUAAAAGCAGUGGGAAGGACAAAGGAUUAGUCAGCCAUCAGGCGGACAAAAGAAAACAAGGGGAGAAGCAGGAAGUGCCUAAGACUGGUCGUAAACAGACCAUGCAAAGUAAAACUCCCAACCAGGCUGGAAGUGGCACGAAUGGCACCUCGGGACAGUACGUACCCGCCAAAACCCCUCCCCCCAGGCGUGCUGAUCCACCUUCCAAACCUGUAGCUCGAAGCCUAGACCUGAAUACCAGUGCAGACACAUCUCAAGGAGUGCAUCAAGAGUCUUAUGUGAACCCAUCAGCGGCUAGCUCGGCAAAGCCGUCUGAGAUGGAGGUGGAGACAGCCUAG